UCGCUCACUUCCUGCGCGGCGCGGCGUGGCCAGGCGGCUGGGUGCCGGGAGGGUUCAGUCGGCAGCAAGAUGCGCAUCGAGAAAUGUUACUUCUGCUCCGGGCCCAUCUAUCCGGGACACGGGCUCAUGUUCGUGCGGAACGACUGCAAGGUCUUCAGAUUCUGCAGAUCAAAAUGCCACAAAAACUUUAAAAAGAAACGAAAUCCCAGAAAGGUCAGAUGGACCAAAGCCUUCCGGAAAGCAGCUGGUAAAGAACUAACAGUGGAUAAUUCAUUUGAGUUUGAAAAACGAAGAAACGAGCCACUGAAAUACCAGAGAGAGCUAUGGAGCAAAACUGUUGAUGCAAUGAAGAGAGUGGAAGAGAUCAAACAAAAACGCCAAGCUAAAUUUAUCAUGAACAGAUUAAAGAAGAGCAAAGAGCUGCAGAAGGCACAAGACAUCAAAGAAGUCAAGCAAAACAUACACCUUGUUCGGGCUCCACAUGCAGGCAAAGCAAAACGGCUGGAGGAGAAAAUGGUACAGAAACUGCAAGAGGAUGUAGCUAUGGAAGAAGAGUCCUAAAAACCUUGUCCUUGUUUUCCUUCUAUUUUUACCUCCUCAACUUACCGUUUUUUGACUCUCCAGAGUUCUGACUUGUGCAUUAUUGAUUCAUUUGACAUUUGUUCAUUGAAAUGAAAGGUGAUUAAACACACCCUAGAUGCACAUCGUGUGUGUGUGUGAGUGAAGCACCAGACAUUCUGUUUGAUUACAUCUUUUAAGGGAAGGUACUCUCAAUUCUUUAUUGGGAGAAAAAUACACUUUACUGAGCAGAAGUUAUUUUGCAAGUCAUCCAAUACUGUUUGUAAUUAUAAAAAUGAGUAAUUGGCAUGAACCAGCUGUCC